UUGGCGGUCGCAGCAUUUGAACAUCAUGUCCGCUGAAUUUUUUUUUUUUUAUAUAUUUUGAUGCUUUGUAUGCAUGUUCUGCUAAAGUAAUUGCUUUUUUAUGAAGAUUUUAUGAAGAAGUUACACUAGAGAAGUUGUGUAUUCCUGAAAAGGUUUGAGGUUAAGUUAUAAAUGUAGUUAAGGUGAGGGUCGGUGCAGCGAGCAGCUUUGCUUGCACACUUCACAAGUCAAAGUUUCACUAUUAGCUAGCCAAGUUACCCAGAAACAUACACCCAGCUUUAAAACAAAGUUAUUCAGAAUAUAUAAACUAUAUAUAUUCUUCUAUUUUUAAGAUGCCGGACAUCAAAGUGACGCCUCUGGGUGCUGGACAGGAUGUUGGACGCAGCUGCAUUCUGCUCUCUAUAGGAGGCAAGAACAUAAUGCUGGAUUGUGGGAUGCAUAUGGGAUAUAAUGAUGAUAGACGCUUUCCAGACUUCUCUUACAUCACUCAGAACGGCCGCCUCACAGACUUUUUGGACUGUGUUAUAAUAAGCCAUUUCCAUCUGGACCACUGCGGAGCUCUUCCCUACAUGAGUGAGAUGGUGGGAUAUGAAGGACCGAUCUACAUGACCCACCCCACCAAAGCCAUCUGCCCCAUCCUGCUGGAGGACUUCCGCAAGAUCACGGUGGACAAAAAGGGCGAAACCAACUUCUUCACCUCACAGAUGAUCAAAGAUUGCAUGAAGAAAGUGGUGCCGCUGAACCUGCACCAGACCGUUCAGGUGGAUGAUGAGCUCGAGAUCAAAGCCUACUAUGCAGGACACGUCCUCGGGGCGGCAAUGGUGCUAAUUAAAGUCGGCUCUGAGUCUGUCGUCUACACGGGUGAUUACAACAUGACACCAGACAGACACUUAGGAGCGGCCUGGAUUGACAAGUGUCGUCCAGAUAUUCUGAUCACCGAGUCGACCUACGCCACCACGAUCCGCGACUCGAAGCGCUGCAGAGAGAGAGACUUCUUAAAGAAAGUGCACGAGACCAUUGAGAGAGGAGGAAAGGUCCUCAUUCCAGUGUUUGCUUUGGGAAGAGCUCAGGAGCUCUGCAUCCUUCUGGAAACGUUCUGGGAGAGAAUGAAUCUGAAAGCACCCAUAUACUUCUCCACGGGCCUGACGGAGAAAGCAAACCACUACUACAAACUCUUCAUAACAUGGACCAAUCAGAAGAUUCGCAAAACCUUCGUGCAGAGGAACAUGUUCGAGUUCAAACACAUCAAAGCCUUCGAUCGCUCCUAUGCAGACAAUCCCGGACCCAUGGUGGUGUUCGCUACUCCAGGGAUGUUGCACGCUGGCCAGUCGUUACAGAUAUUCAAGAAAUGGGCCGGAAAUGAAAAGAACAUGGUCAUUAUGCCAGGGUACUGCGUGCAGGGAACAGUCGGCCACAAGAUUCUGAACGGCCAGAAGAAGCUGGAGAUGGAGGGAAGAGCCACGCUGGAGGUGAAACUGCAGGUGGAGUACAUGUCGUUCAGCGCCCACGCCGACGCUAAGGGCAUCAUGCAGCUGAUCCGCAUGGCCGAACCUCGCAACAUCCUGCUGGUUCACGGCGAGGCCAAGAAGAUGGAGUUCCUCAAGGACAAGAUCGAGCAGGAGUUCAAUAUCAGCUGCUUCAUGCCGGCUAACGGAGAGACCACCACAGUGACGACCAACCCGAGCGUACCGGUGGACAUCUCGCUCAACCUGCUGAAGAGAGAGAUCAGCCUGGGAGGUCCUUUACCCGACCCUAAGAAGCCGCGCACCAUGCAUGGAACUCUGAUCAUGAAGGACAAUAAUCUGAGGCUGGUUUCCCCAGAGCAGGCUUUAAAGGAGUUGGGACUUUCUGAACACCAGCUGCGUUUUACAUGCCGUGUGCAUCUGCAGGACCCUCACAGCGACGCAGACACUCUCACUCGCAUCUACAGCCAUCUCAAGAGCAUGCUCAGAGGUUACUCUGUGCAGCACCUUCCCGAUGGCACCGUUAUCGUCGAGUCCAUCGUCCUCAAAGUGUCUUCGUCCACCGACGACCCCAGUCUUAAAGUUAUCCUGCUCUCCUGGAGCUAUCAGGACGAAGAGCUCGGCAGUUUUCUUUCUAAUCUGCUGAAGAAAGGACUUCCCUCCGGAUUUCCAGCUGCCGUUUUGGAAUUGAAACCCCUCAUUAAAUGAAGUCCUGUCUACCAUUCGGUGAGAUUUUCAUGGUUGUAGAUAGAGUUGUU